AUGGAUUGUGCCUUUCUCUUCAAGUCUUGCCUUUUUCUUGAAGAUGUUAGGCCUAAAAUCGGAUUGGGCUUUGUGACUUUACUAAUGAUGACGGGCUCAGGGAAAUGUGCUAAUUUCUCCUCUAACAGACACUACUAUUGGGAUGAACCUUACUUGUACAAGAGAGGGCCAGAUAGCAUUUACAGGAGAUGCAUAGCUGAAGAAGAUGUACAAGGAGUUCUAGAACAUUGCCAUGGGUCUGCUUAUGGAGGCACUUUGCUACAUUCAAAACCGCAAAAGGUUUUACAAGCUGGUAUGGUGGCCUACUUUGUUCAAGAUGCAGCAAGCUUCAUUGCAAACUUCAUGGGACCUUUCAACCCCUCAAACGGGCACAACUACAUUCUGGUUGCUGUGGACUAUGUGUCCAAAUGGAUGAAGCCAUCCUGCCCUGCCUGUGACGCCAAGGUUGUUAUCAAACUUUUCAGAACCAUCAUCUUUCCAAGAUAUGGCAUCCCAAGGGUUGUUAUCUCGGAUGGAGGUUCCCAUUUCAUCAACAAGUGUUUGAGAAGUUGA